CGCGCACGCACAGGCGGCGGUUCCCGGAGCGCGGCGGCAGCGAGCCGGCACCGGGCCGCCUCAGGCAGCCCUAGCCGGGCUGUCCCGGUCCCCAGCAGCGGGGGUUAGGAUGGCGCUGAAGCGAAUCCAGAAAGAAUUAAGCAACUUGCAGAGGGAUCCUCCUGCCCAGUGUUCUGCGGGACCUAUGGGUAAUGAUUUGUUCUACUGGCAGGCCACCAUCAUGGGCCCGAAUGACAGUCCUUACCAAGGAGGUGUUUUCUUUCUGACCAUCCACUUUCCUACGGAUUACCCUUUUAAACCCCCAAAGGUUGCUUUCACGACCAAAAUUUAUCACCCCAAUAUCAACAGUAAUGGCAGCUUCUGCUUCAACAUCCUACGGUCUCAGUGGUCUCCAGCGCUGACCGUAUCAAAAAUUCUCUUGUCCAUCUGCUCCCUACUCUGCCCCAACCCUGAUGACCCUCUGGUACCAGAGAUAGCCCAUAUCUACAAGGCCGACAAAGAGAAGUACAACAGACUAGCAAGAGAGUGGACCCAGAAAUAUGCUAUGUAAGUGCCUCGGAGGUUUUACAGGAGACAUUGUCCAAGAGAGCUAGCCAGGCAGAGAGGUCUUCCCGUGAAACUCUGAGCUGUUGGCUGAGCCACUGGCAGACCGUCAUCUAUGCUUCAAACAUUGGUCACCCACUUUCUCCAGCCGCAGCAUGUUGGUACCAUCCUCAGCCAUUGUGGCUUUGAAAAUGUCAUGUCUCUGAUGCCAAAUCAGCAGCCAUUGUUGUUCUGAUCUGCAGCCCUUCUUGGGUACACUGGAAUUGGUCCCUCUGCCGCAGCUCAUCUGCUUGCCUCCCGGGGGUGCUGAGCUCUGUACGCCUCCCCUGCUCAGCCUCAAAUGGUGCUGCUGCCUACCAUGGCGUCACAUGGGGGCCUCAGCCUGGGCCCUCACCAUGUGCUCUUUGCCUUUUAAAACUCAGUGCCAUCCCAGCUGUCCAGGGUAGAGUGGGCUUUUGUCACACCCUGUCUGCCACAGAACCACAUGCCAGGGAAUCAGCUCACUCACCCUGGAAGGUCCUGGGAAUUGAGAACAGUGUCACUGGGAAGUGGAGGCCGCCCUGCAGCUUCCACCAGUCUUCCUCUACAGUGCCACAUGCCGGCAUUUCUCCUCUCACACCAAGAAGCAGCAAGUGGAAAAUGUCAGGAUAUAAAGCUCAUAACACCCCAUGAGAGAUGACUGUUUUUAGAAGCAAAAACAAAAUUAUGAAACCUGAAGAGAUUUGGGUUAUACUUUUCUGUGUGAUGUGGUUUUUCGCCAUCCCCUGCUCCUCCCACUAGGAGCCUACACCAAGUCCAAAUGUGAGCCAUUCAUAGACUAGAACACAAGGGAGAGAGACUCUUCUCAAUGUAAAUAAAAAUGCAAUUCACUCAUAACUCUAAAUGA